AUGUCAAAAAGGGGAAGGUAUUUAGUUAAGUUGGCUAUGGAAUGUAAAAUAGAGACUUUUAAUGAUAACCAAAAUGCUUAUGGGGAAACCAAUAAUAGUAUCGAAAAAUAUGGUGAUGCGACAGAUCGAAAAAUGAUCCCUGUAGAAAUGGGACAGUCCAAUGAAAUUAUUGAUGAAAAUGCGACCAAUAAAACAAAUAGUAAAAAACCAGUUUCACUAAAAGUUUUCACAGAGUUACAACCACUUCGUGAAGGUAAUGCGACAGAUCGAAAAAUGAUUCCUGUAGAAAUGCGACAGUCCAAUGAAAUUAUUGAUGAAAUUGCGACCAAUGAAACAAAUAAAAUGCGGCAGUCCAAUGAAAUUAUUGAUGAAAUUGCGACCAAUGAAACAAAUAGUAAAAAACCAGUUUUACCAAAAGUUUUCACAGAGUUACAACCACUUUGUGAAUGUAAUGCGACAGAUCGAAAAAUUAUCCCUGUAGAAAUGCGACAGUCCAAUGAAAUUAUUGAUGAAAAUGCGACCAAUGAAACAAAUUGUGAAAAACCAGUUUUACCAAAAGUUUUUACAGAAUUACAACCACUUCGUGAAGAGUAUCUGAAAGAUAGCCCUGUUAAUGAUUUCGAUGUGGAUCCAGAUUAUGAACCAUCAGAUGAAGAGCAAAAGAAUACCAAAAAAAUUGACAUUUCUAGUCCGAAAAAGAAAAAUUUCAACUUUGGAGAAAGACGACAAUAUUUAAAUGCCAACGUGAAAAAUAAUAUUGUUCAACAAAGGCGGACAGGCUGUAAUAAUAAAAGACAGUGGUCUCUUACCUACAGUAUGAUAAAAGUUAACGAAGGCACCGAAAAAAAGGUUUGUAAAAAUAUGUUUUUAUAUACCCAUGGACUUAAAACAGAUGGUAUGAUCACAGAACUUAAGCGUCACCAAAAUAAAUCUAAAGGAUUACAAAUUGCCAAGGAUGGGAAAGAAAAGGGAAGUCCGCCCAAUAAGACGGAUGGAUUAAUAUUUAAAGAUCACAUUCAUUCAUUUAACCCACAAGUAUCCCAUUACAAAUUUGUGCAUGCUCCAAACAGGCGAUAUCUAUCUUCAGAUAUAAGUAUAACAGAUAUGUGGAAAGAUUUCUGUGAAACAAUAGAAAAUGUGUCCUACGGAAAGUACCGACACGAAGUUUAUUUAGAAAAUAUUGGGUUUAAUCAACCCAAUCAAGAUGACUGUAACGUAUGUAUUAACAUGCAAAAUGCCCCGCCUACUCCAACAACAAAUGCUAACAAUUUAGAAGAAGAAGAAGAAGAAGAAGAACAAGUUUUCACUAAGAAAAACGGAGAGCCAAAAAAAAAUAUUGUAGAAAAAAAAAAGGUUGACACCAAACCGGAUAGGAUUGCUCCUUGUACACCGAAGAAUUCAGGAAACAAAACAGCUAGCCCUAAUCAAAAAUUUAAGGAAACUCGCCUUACUAGGAAUAAGAAUCCCUUGAAGUCAAACCCUUAA